UUUGUUUAGCUUGUUUCGGUAAACUAUAGAUUUAUUUGAUUUUUAAUUAACUUAAUGUUAAAACUGCCAUCGUAAUUAUAGAACUAAUAAUUAAAAUCGAAAGACUUCCAGAAAUCUCUUCUAUUAUUGUUUUAUAAACUUAAACAUAACCUCAAUAUGUCUGAUGAUGAAGAAGUGGUGGUGAAAAAGGCUAAACAAGUCCAUUAUGGAUCUCUUGAGGAACAGGAGAAGGCGCGGCUGGCUGCUCUUGCCGCCGCUGCCAGGGAAGGCGUCGAAGACAAUGGCGGCAAAGAUCUUGGUGAUAUUCAAAUUUCAAAUGAAUAUAUGGAACUGGAAGAGGAAAUGUCCAAAGAUAAAAAGGCUCUAUUGGAAGAGUUUGAAAGGAGAAGAAAAGCAAGACAACUGAAUGUAUCUACAGAUGAUGAUGAGGUGCGGAGAAGUCUGAGACAACUUGGUGAGCCUGUGUGCCUGUUUGGUGAAGGUCCAGCUGAGAGGAGAGUUCGUUUGAGGGAUCUGCUUAGUUAUCUUGGCGAGGAUGCUAUACACAAGAAAUUGGAAGAGGAAGAAGCCAGAAUAGAGAGGGACAGAGGAAGAGAAGGUACCUGGUACCAUGAAGGUCCUCCGGAACUGAGAGAUGCUAGACUGUGGAUAGCUAGGUAUUCAUUGCCUAGAGCUAAACAACGGUUAAUGAAGGCCCGUGAAGAACUAAAGUUACCCGGCAGUGUGCGUGCCGCAGCAAAGCAGGAGUCUCAAAGGAAGGCCUCCGCCAUGUCUAUAUAUUGUAGCCAGAUAGGUGAUAGUCGUCCCAUCAGCUUCUGCAGGUUCAGUGAUGAUAGUCAAAUGCUCAUCACCUCCAGCUGGUCAGGUCUUAUCAAGGUGUGGUCAGUGCCGGAGUGCACUCCGCUGCAGACAUUGAAGGGUCACACUUGUAAUGUCAGCAGCGCUGUCUUCCAUCCACAGGCAGUGUUGCCAUCUCACUUCCAACAUAAGAUAAAUAAUAUAAAAGAUGGCACAGAUAUAGAAGUUAUGGAGACUGAGGAGAAAUCAGAAGUUUGUACAAUGGCUUCAUGUGCAUACGACGGCAGCGUUCAUCUCUGGAAUUUUGCCAGUGAAGGUCCAAUGGCGUCGUUGGAAGGUCAUGGACCAGCUCGUGUGGCGCGAGUUGAGUUCCAUCCUUCAGGUCGCUUCCUCGCCACCACAGUCUUCGAUAACUCCUGGCGUCUCUGGGAUCUUGAGACAGCAACGGAGGUCCUCCAUCAGGAAGGUCACGCUAAACAAGUGUACAGUAUCGCUUUUCAAGGAGAUGGCUCUUUAGCCGCUACUGGUGGUAUGGAUGCAUUCGGUCGUGUAUGGGAUGUCCGAACUGGACGCUGUGUUAUGUUCCUUGAGGGACAUCUUGGACCUGUACUUGGUGCUGCAUGGCAUCCUGCUGGACAUCGCCUCGCCACUGCCGCCGCUGACCAUCAGGCAAAAAUCUGGGACAUAAGAAAACGAGCACCAAUUUACACGAUACCUGCGCACACGCAUCUAGUGAGCGAUGUGAGAUAUCAGCGCAGUCACGGCCACUACCUGGCGACCAGCUCGUACGAUGGCAGCGGCAAACUGUGGUCUGACCCAGCCUGGCAUCCACUGCGUACACUCUCAGGACACGAUAACAAGGUGAUGAGUGUGGACAUUUCCCUGGACAACAAGUACAUAGCGACAUGUUCCUAUGACCGUACAUUCAAACUUUGGGCUCCGGAUCUCGCUUAGACAUACAA